AAUGUGAAAAUUUGUAAACAUUUUUAUUAAAACAUUCUUUUCCGUUUUAUAAUUAAACUUAACUUCUGUAUUACUUAAUAUAACGUAUUAUAAUUUAUUAUACCUAAAGUGUGGCAUACAAGCUGAAUUUCGUGAGUCAAAAAGUGCUCAUUGGAUCUAAGUAUGGAGCAGGUAUUGAAGCAUGUCGCUCAGACUGUGGAGAAGCAGCUUGAUAGCGAACUUGAGAGGUUGGACACUCUGGACAGCAAUGACCUUGAGGCGAUCCGGCAGCAGCGCAUUGCUGAGAUGAAGAAGCGCGCCCAACAGAAACAGGAGUGGAUCGCAAAUGGCCACGGUGAAUACACUGAGAUUGACGGAGAGAAGGAGUUCUUUGUUGUGUGCAACAAGAGCGACAAUGUGGUGUGCCACUUCUACCGCGCGGACACUCCUCGCUGCCGGAUCGUCGACAUGCACUUGAAGACGCUCGCCAAGAAACACGUGGAGACCAGGUUCGUCAAGCUGGACGUUGAACGUGCACCAUUCUUGACAAGUCGCCUUAAGAUCAGGGUAAUCCCCACCAUAGGUUUGGUGAAACAGAACAAGACUAAGGACUUCAUAGUGGGCUUCACGGACCUCGGCAACUGUGACGACUUCUCCACCGAGAUCCUGGAGUGGAGAAUAGCCAGGGCCGACGUGAUAGAGUACUCGGGCGACCUGCUGGUGCCGCCGGCGGAGGCUCGCAAGCAACGCGCCCUCACUGUGCACAGCAAGAAGACGAUAAGGGGCCCACAGGACAGUGACUCCGACCUCGACCUCAGUGAUUGAAAUUAUAAUUUUAUUAUCUUUGUUUUAAUGCUUUAAAAUUAUAUAGUCUACAAAACUACCAAUUUGGUAUUAAAUUGAGAAUAUGGCAAUCUAGGAUAUUUGCUUAUGGUAUGCAGCCUAUGACACGAUAAAUAAUAAUAAAGACAUACCAACUAAUAUGUUUUAAAUUGAUUUAUAGUAAUGAAUAAAAGACUUGUGUUAAGAUUGAGAAACAUACAAACUGUUUAAACGAACAAAGAGAAAUGUAAAGAACACUAUGUAUAUAAAAUGCGUUAGUGUUCAGAUUAUCUUUCUUUUUUGGUCUGAGAAUGAGAUGUAUGAAUGUUUAAAUUUUAACAAUGUGACUAGAACAUUGUUAAUGAAGACAGUGUUUGCUCCAGUAUUUUCCAAUGGUUUCUUAUUUUUAUUUUUAUGAAAAUAGUUUUAUUGUUAUAGGACAUUACUAUGACAGAUAAAUUAUAUUACUAGCUCUACGUUAAUGUUUUUUUUUUAAAUAAUAUCCCAACAUGAACGAAUAAUGACUGUUAGUGUAUGUGAUGUUGCAUUUAAUUAAAUUCACCACGAGUGCCGCACUAGCUUUCAUAUUGAAUUUAUGUGAUUUGAUGUUAAAUUUUUCUAUACACUUUAGUUUACGUUAACUUCAUUGAACUGUUAAUAGAGACUUAACAAAUAAUAUUUUGCUAAAUUAAAACUUACCUAUUUUAACUGUUUAAACUAUACCGAAUGCUAAUAAUUACGUAUUAUAAUAAUAAACAUUUUAUAC